AUGAUGCGACUGGGAACAAGUGCAGAACAGGACAAUCGCUUCAGCAACAAGCAGAAGAAGCUGUUGAAGCAGUUGAAAUUUGCAGAAUGCCUAGAAAAGAAGGUGGAUAUGAGCAAAGUAAAUCUGGAAGUAAUCAAACCAUGGAUAACAAAACGAGUAACAGAAAUCCUUGGAUUUGAAGAUGAUGUAGUAAUUGAAUUUAUAUUCAACCAGUUGGAAGUGAAGAAUCCAGAUUCCAAAAUGAUGCAAAUCAACCUGACUGGUUUUUUGAAUGGAAAAAAUGCUAGGGAGUUCAUGGGGGAACUGUGGCCACUGCUGUUAAGUGCACAAGAAAACAUUGCUGGUAUUCCAACUGCUUUUCUGGAACUGAAGAAAGAAGAAAUAAAACAGCGACAGAUAGAGCAGGAGAAACUGGCUUCUAUGAAGAAACAAGAUGAAGACAAGGAGAAGAGGGAUAAGGAAGAUAAAGACAACAGAGAAAAGAGAGACAGAUCCAGGAGCCCAAGAAGACGCAAAUCAAGGUCUCCUUCCCCUAGAAGGAGAUCGUCGCCUGUCAGAAGAGAGCGGAAACGCAGCCAUUCUCGCUCCCCUCAUCACAGAACCAAGAGCCGCAGUGCUACUCCUGCACCAGAAAAGAAAGAGGCGACUCCUGAGCCAGAACCUGUGAAACCAAAGGAGACCAUUGUUCAAGAGGCAACAUCAAACAGUGAUAUCCCAAAAGCUCCCAAACCUGAACCUCCUGUACCAGAGACUAAGGAAACUUCACCAGAACGUAAUUCAAAAAAGGAGAGAGAGAAGGAGAAAGAGAAGACCCGUCAAAGAUCCCCAACUCGGUCCAAAUCAAGGUCAAGAUCUCGAUCACGUUCCCCAUCUCAUUCUAGACCAAGAAGGCGUCAUAGAUCACGGUCAAGGUCUUACUCCCCUAGAAGGCGACCAAGCCCAAGACGACGACCAUCUCCACGGAGGAGGAGUCCUCCGAGGCGAAUGCCUCCCCCGCCCAGACACAGAAGAAGCAGAUCCCCUGUGAGGCGGAGGAGACGAUCAUCAGCAUCUUUAUCUGGCAGCAGCUCUUCCUCUUCCUCCUCGCGUUCCCGAUCACCACCAAAGAAACCACCUAAAAGAACUGUGUCCAGUCCUCCUCGUAAAACACGUAGACUGUCUCCUUCCGCAAGUCCUCCUAGGCGAAGGCACAGACCAUCCCCACCAGCAAGUCCACCUCCAAAACCACGUAGGUCUCCAACACCCCAGCAGUCAAAUCGUGCAAGAAAAAGCCGUGGCUCUGUUUCUCCUGGCAGAGCAUCAGCACCCAAACAUAAGAGUACUGAAAAAAGAGAAUCUCCUUCGCCAGCGCCAAAACCAAGGAAAGCAGAACUGUCUGAAUCAGAAGAAGAUAAAGGAGGUAAAAUGGCUGCAGCAGAUUCUGUGCAGCAGAGGCGUCAAUACAGAAGGCAAAAUCAACAGUCUUCGUCUGAUUCUGGUUCAUCCUCCUCAUCUGAAGAGGAACGACCUAAAAGAUCCAAUGUGAAGAAUGGGGAAGUUGGUAGGCGUCGGCGCCAUUCACAUUCACGCAGUCCGUCUCCUUCUCCACGAAAACGACAGAAGGAAUCUUCCCCUCGGAUGCAGAUGGAAAAGAGGUGGCAAUCACCAGUGAUGAAAAGUAGGCGGAGGAGAAGUCCAUCACCCCCACCAGCCAGGCGGCGACGCUCUCCUUCACCUGCCCCUCCUCCAAGGCGGCGGCGGUCACCUUCGUUACCUCGUCGAAGGUCUCCAUCACCACCCCCACGCAGACGCUCACCCUCUCCAAGAAGAUAUUCUCCACCGAUACAGAGACGAUAUUCUCCUUCUCCACCUCCUAAGAGAAGAACGGCUUCUCCUCCUCCCCCUCCUAAACGAAGGGCAUCACCUUCUCCACAGUCAAAACGUAGAGUCUCCCAUUCACCACCGCCAAAACAAAGGAGCUCACCAGCUGCUAAGAGGCGUUCACCUUCAGUAUCUUCCAAGCACAGGAAGGGGUCUCCUCCCAGUAGGUCUAAUCGGGAAACACGUUCGCCGCCGCAAAACAAAAGGCAUUCACCUUCACCUCGGCCUAGAGCUUCUCAUACCUCUGCAAGCCCACCGCCACUGCGAAGGGGAGCUUCGGCUUCACCUCAGAGAAGACAGUCUCCAUCUCCAAGCACUAGACCCAUCAGGAGGGUGUCAAGGACACCAGAACCUAAGAAGACAAAGGCUUCCACGCCAAGUCCACGAUCUGUGAGACGGGUGUCUUCAUCAAGGUCUGCCUCAGGAUCACCUGAGCCAGCACCGAAAAAACAUCAAGGACCUCCAUCUCCUACUCGGUCUCGUUCACCUUCUGCAAACUGGUCACCUGCAAAAAAGGCUAAAAGUCCAACUCAGAGCCCAUCACCUGCAAGGAAUUCAGAUCAAGAAGGUGGUGGGAAGAAGAAGAAGAAAAAGAAGGAUAAGAAGCAUAAAAAGGACAAAAAGCACAAGAAACACAAAAAGCAUAAGAAGGAGAAGGCUGCAGCAGCUGCAGCAGCUGCUGCCGGGGCUGCAGCAGAUACCACUUCGGCACAGGAAGACCAGGAAGCAGAGACAGAACCCAAAAAGGAGACAGAAAGUGAAGCAGAAGACAACCUGGAUGAUCUAGAAAAACACCUGCGAGAGAAGGCACUGAGGUCAAUGAGGAAGGCGCAAGUGUCACCACCAUCUUAGGGGGAAACCUUUGAUAUAAUGUACAUUUUAUUUGGUUUGUACUCAGAAUUCAAUUUCAAAUUGCUAAAUGUGUUUGAGCUUUAGAAUAUAACAUUUGUUGUAAUAAUUGCUAGGUUGAGGUUCACCAUGUACAAAGGGCAUGGAUUUACAUUACAAAAGGUGUCCACAGUGUACUAGUGACAUUCUUUCAUUGACAGUCAACAUAACUUCAUUUAGAGUGAGACUUUUUAGAAGCAGUAGGAAUUUUUUUUUUGAGGGUUUUAAACAUGGCCAUCAGUUCCUUAGUUUCUUUAAAAUUCAUCAAAGCAUUUAGAAUAAUUUGUGAGGGUCUCAUUUUACUUCUUUUGUACCCACUUACAUUAUGCUACUAACCUUUGUGGUUUGUAAGCUUGCCCAGGAGUAAAACCACUGCGGAGUUACCAAGGAAGUACGUAUAUUUUAAUGCUUUCUACUGUUGCCUGUAUAGUCUCCAUUAAAGUGAAUCAAGAUUAGCAAUUUAGAAUGGUACAUAAAUGAAAGCAUGUUGUUUACCAGGACACUGUGGGUUUAUAUUGAUGUAACAUGUUGAUUUGGAACACUGGAAUUUCAUUUGUAUUUUUAUGUUCUUUUUUUAAAGGGCAGUUUCCAUGAUCAGCAGUCACAGAAAAAUUCCUUCAGUUACAUAAAUUUUGUUUGUGAGAUGUCGUUGCCCCAUUCAUAAAUCUUGUCUCGUUACGGUUCUUCUGAAUGAUAUAAGCAGCUUUCAGAGAUGUAGUCUUUGAAAGUUGGAGGAACCUGAACUUUGGAUAUUGUCAUGUUUUCACUGUUUUUUGUUUUUGUUUUUUUAACUAAAGCUAUAUAAAGCUUGUGGAUUAAACAAAAUAAAUUUCUAAAUUUAAA